AUGUCACUCAAGGGGCAAGCAUUGGCCAAUCACUUAGUCGCACAUUCUCUGCCUGAUUACCAACCGCUGAAGACCUUCUUCCCUGAUGAAGCCAUCCUCCAGAUCGAGGAGGAAGAAGAAGGAAAGGCAGGAGAGUGGACACUCUUCUUUGAUGGAGCCGCGAACUCGAAAGGAAGUGGUGUAGGAGCCAUGCUAUACUCUCCCGAACCAAUUCCCAUAUCCAAGAGCCUGGCAUUCCAAUGCACUAACAACGUAGCUGAGUAUGAGGUCUGCAUCGCUGGUCUAAGAGAAGCCAUAAUCCUCAGUGUGAAGAAGUUACGAGUCUUCGGAGACUCACAACUCAUCAUCAAUCAGAUAAAUGGCGAUUGGAAAACCAAAGAUGAAAAGUUGAUCCCAUAUCACGUCUACCUGAAAAUUUUGAUUGAAGAAUUCAACGAGAUCACAUUCUCUUACAUGCCCCGAGUCAAGAACCAAUUUGUAGACACUCUGGCUACCCUCGCCUCAAUGCUGGAGAUCUCAAAGGGAGCUGCUGAAUGGGAACUCACCGUUGAACUCCAAAAGGAGCUUACAUUCUGUCUAUAA